AUGUCACACAAGAUGGCCGAGAACAUGAUCCACGCGAUCCUCUUCGCGCUCGACCUCGGGUUGGGAGCGAUGCAUAUUGCCGAGUUCACCAUGGGCCACGACAAGCACCCAGAGGCGGACCACGACCACGCCGCGGUGAGGGUGUACGCCGGCCUCAACACGGACGACCUGGUGGACGCCGGCGGGACGGGUCCUGACGUGCGCCUGUGGAACGAGCGCGGCGUCUUCAGGGGCGCCAGGUGCGCCGAGAGACCCUGGGGCGGUGAGGAACGCGUGAACUUCCUCAAAUCGGGCGACUGGGACGACAUCAAGGUCGGCUUGUACGAGGCCGAGGGGCAGCCGACGUACGCCCUGUUAUCGGGCAACGAAGAUGCCGUCUGCAUUGCCUACGUCACAAUGACGAGGCCGGACGGCGGCAAGGGCAGCGUCUUGACCGGCAAUUGGGCCCGCGCCUGCGACACGAGGCAGCAUAACGUGUCCAACUACCAAACGUACCCGGAUAACCCGACGGAGAUUCCAUGGUACUACUCCAACGUUGUCAUAGACGACAACAAGGAUCCCCUGAUGUGCAUGUGGCUCGGUCAGGGUGGCGAUGUCUCGACCACCGGGGUAUCGAUGCACUUCCAAGACUUUGCGGCUUCGACGCCGCACAAGGGUGAGGAAGGCAUCCAAUUUUACUGCGAGGGAAACCCUUCCCUCAAAUUCUACACGGAAAAUCGCGCCCAGAAGGCGUUCAUCUGGAAACCAGAGCCAUACACUCCGGAGCCCGUACCCACGCCCGAGUACCCCUUUGACGACGUGGCCUUCAACAACGCAUCUCGGGCGUACUGGGAGGCGGCGCAGAGUGGGCAAAACAUCACCUACCAGCCGCCACCGCGACCACCGCGACCACCGCCGCCGCCGCCGCAAGAGCCGCAAGAGCCUGGGCAGUUCGAGGAGGAUGGAGGAGAAGAUGAAACAGCCGUCGAGAGGAGGAGUCCCACUGCCACCUCCUUAUCCGCCAGAGUACGCAGCCUCCGGCGCUGGCUGACGGGCCGCCAGGAGCAUGGUAAUGGCGGGCACGAGGAGCACGGCCACGGGCCGCCGCCAAAGUCGCCACCGAAUCCGCAACCCGUGCCGCCCAAGAUGCGGCGGCCGUCGUUCAUGACCAAGCGGGCCGAAAAGUGCGAGUGGACCGGCUUCGAGGGGAGUUACUCACCCGACAAGGGCUUCCCCCAACCCUUCGGAACCUCCAGGCCUUGGCGUGCGUGGCCGGGAGAGCGCCCGAUAGACAGGUGGGAGAGAGCUGGACGUCCAUUCCGGCGCUCUCUGGCGUCGUCGGACACGCGCAUCGUCUUCUCCAACAACACGGCCCAGACGGCCACGGCGCUGUGUAUGGGCGGCUCCAAGGGCCCCAAGUUUGUGUCGUGGACCGAGGGCAAGUACUGCAACCCGAGGACCAACGAGGUGCUCCCGCUUUGCGACGGCGGCGGUGUCACAGAGGACUGCUUCGACACGGACCUCUUGGAGCUGAGGGUGCGGAGGAGCCUGGCCAAGCGAGAGCUCCUGAGCGAUGGUCACAUGGAGGACGACGACAUGGACCACCACCUGCUGCUGCAGUGGUUCCAGCCGGGCGAGGAGGCGACCACGCUGCUGAGGCCCAAUAGGGAGAAGAGGGAUGACGUGGCCGAACGUAAACGUGCCAGGGUACUGGAGAAGAGAAGAGAAAAGAUUUAG